AUGACUUCAUUAUGGAAAGCCGGGACCAGGGGAUUCUCUACUAAGGAACUAAAUACUUCGGAUUUAAAAGAAUUAGUAGAAUUGGCUAAAUUAAGUGAAAAUAAAGAUAUUAAAUUAAAUAAUUUAUUAAAAUUAUGUAAAGAUCCUGAUUUAUUAAAAUUAGUUUAUAAUAAAAUUAAGAGUAAUCUAAGUAAUAUGAUUGAAGGUACUUCUAGACAAACUUUAGAUGGUAUUAGUAAUAAUUGA